AUGCAAACAAUUAAAUGUGUUGUUGUAGGCGACAGUGCUGCUGGGAAGACAUACCUUCUUAUCACUUACACUACCAAUGAGUUUCCAACAAAUUACACACCAACAGUUUUUGACAAUUAUUGUAAUACAAUUAUGGUGGAUUCAAAACCAGUUAAUAUACAACUCUGGGACACCAAAGCGGGAAUGGAAUACGACCAAUUACGCGCAUUGUCAUAUCCACAAACAGACAUCUUUUUGAUUUGUUUCAGUGUAGUCUCGCCACCUUCAUUUGACAACGUUUCAACAAAAUGGCAACCAGAAGUAGCUCAUAAUUGCCCAAAUACACCAUAUAUUCUCGUUGGAACAAAGGUGGACAUGAGAGAAGACAACGAUCAAUUAAAACGACUCAAAGAAAAGAAUACAACUCCAAUCACUACCAAACAAGGUGCAGCAAAAGCAAAAGAAAUCAGUGCAGUAAAAUAUAUCGAAUGUUCCGCUCUCACACAAAAGAAUUUAAGACUUGUCUUUGAUGAGGCGUUCAAAGUGGCAAUUUCCUUUAAAACCAAUAACCAAUCAAACACACAACAAAAAGCAACAUGCUCUCUUCUUUAA